AUGACCCGAACGAAGGAAUACAAAAAAAUAGUGGCGACUUACCACCUCUCACCUACUAGGUGGUGGAACAAGCGGCAACUCAACUCAAGAGAAACUUGGAAUUGUCCAGAUCAUUUAGCUAACAGUUGGGAAGUUUAUCUGUGGAGCGACCUGAAGUUCGUUAUCGGCCCAGAGGUCAGGUCUCAUCGGCCAUCGUCAGUGAUAAUAGAAUCACUUCUCCUUACCCUGCUCGCAGACAAAAUUCGCGAGGGACUCCCUUAUCCUGACUGGAAAAUGGACCUGUAUCAUUCAGAAUAUCUUCAUUUGAACUUUCAGGAGCGGAUAAUCACACCGGGGAUGGUCGACGAGGAAACAUUGGCUCCAGAAAAUCUUAUCGACUAUGUGUUGUGGUACGGACUCAAAUCGGAGCUAGAAACAAAUUUACUCGUUAUGAAGACCGGAAGCCCAGUGCUUGAAAGUGAAAAUCUGCUUCGAAAUAUGGCCAGAAUCCACAAUGCACGCAAGAUCGCAAAAAGAGAUGCUGUUAUCAACGGUAUCAUGACUGAUGGGUCUAAAUGGGUGUUUAUGCAUCUUACCAACAAUAGUCGGUACACUAUCAAGCAUCUCGGGUGGGAGACCGAGCGACAGCAGAUUAUGGGCCAGAUUCGGAAUAUCUUCGGUAAGGCAGCUAGCCUCUACAAAUCAAAAGCACAGCCACGAUUAUCGUUACCCAAACCCACUGUUGUCGAAAUCAGUGGCUGUCACAUUGAGGACCUACCUGAUUCCGGCGAUGAGAGUGAGCAGAGCAUCGAUGAAACUUCUGUGCCCGACGUGGCUUAG